ACGACAAGGGAAGCAAAAAUGUAUUAGCUAUAAAAAUUGUAAAUAAAUAGCACAGAACACAUUUCUUUCGCAAACAAAGUGCAAAAUGAAGCGCAUUAGCGAAAAAAAACUAGAGGCCUUUACGGUCGGAACGUUCUCUAAGCGGCAAUUGUCUAAGAAGGAGCUAGAGGAUCAGAAGAAAAAGGAAGAUGAAGCCGCUGCAGCUCAUGCCUUCAAGGAGUUUGUGGAAACAUUUCAAGAAUCGUCAACUCCAGGCUCGAAAAUUUGGGUAAAGGCUGGCACAUAUGAUGCGGGCUCCAGGCGUGAAGACAAAAGUGAAAAGGGCAAACUCUACAAGCCGGGAGCAAAGCUGGUGGAAAAGAGUGCCGCCGAGAAGGCAGAAGAAUAUGCCAAGCUCCUAGCCACGGAUCUCCAAAAGGCUGGUCCGCCGAAAAAGAGAAAUCAGGAAAAGAAGAAAAGCAAUUUGGAGUUGUUUAAGGAAGAGCUGAGACAAAUACAAGAAGAGCGUGAGGAGCGACAUAAAUAUAAGCACAUGGCUGUAGUAAAUCCACCCGUGGUACAGCAGCAGCAACAGACACCGAUAACGGUAUCGGCUGCAUCAUCGUCAAGUGCACAAUCAAAUAGUGCCACUCGAGCAGAUGGCGGUUCCUUUGACACUGGUGAUCCAAACACAACCAAUCUUUACUUGGGUAACUUGAAUCCUAAGAUAUCUGAGCAACAGCUAAUGGAAAUUUUUGGACGCUAUGGUCCACUGGCAAGCAUAAAGAUUAUGUGGCCACGUUCCGAGGAAGAGAAGCAACGUGGUCGCAAUUGCGGCUUUGUGGCCUAUAUGAGUCGCAAGGAUGCAGAACGUGCGCUGCGUACUCUUAACGGACGUCAGGUUAUGAACUACGAGAUGCGCUUAGGCUGGGGCAAGACCGUGCCCAUUAUGAACACGCCCAUUUUUGCGCCACAAGCGCUGUUGGAGCUCACACUACCCCCACCGCCAUCAGGAUUGCCUUUCAAUGCGCAGCCGCCGCCGAGUGAAGCUAAUACGCUGCCCAAAACAAACUACAAAGAAUACGAGACCAUUGAGGAAAAAGAAAACAUGGAGCGGGUUCUAAGCAAAUGUGUGGUCAAAGUUUUUAUACCCACAGAGAAAUCGGUUUUAAAUAUUAUACACCGCAUGAUUGAGUUCGUUAUACGUGAGGGCCCCAUGUUUGAGGCUUUAAUCAUGAGUCGUGAAAUGGAGAAUCCCUUGUUUGCAUUUCUUUUUGAUAACGAAAGCCCAGCACAUAUUUAUUAUCGCUGGAAGCUCUUCUCCUUGCUACAGGGCGAUACACCCAGCGAGUGGCGUGAAAAGGAAUUUCGCAUGUUCAUAGGUGGACCUAUAUGGAAACCGCCAGUGGCCAAUUUCUAUACGCAAGGCAUGCCAGAUGAACUAGUUGUUGAUCCAGAUGCGCCUGUAGUGCAUAAGGGCGCUUUGUCCAAUGCGCAACGCGAUCGUCUGGAGGACUUACUGCAUCACUUGACGCCGGAGCGUGCACGCAUUGGCGACGCUAUGAUCUUUUGUAUAGAGCAUGCAGAUGCCGCUGAUGAAAUUUGUGAAUGCAUUGCCGAAUCGUUGUCUAAUCCCAAGACCAAGGCCUCCAAGAAAAUUGCUCGUUUAUAUUUAGUAUCGGAUAUUUUACACAAUUGUACAGUGAAAGUGUCCAAUGCUUCCUUCUUUCGCAAGUCCAUGGAGAAGCAGCUGCUCGACAUCUUCGAGAGUCUGAACAUUUACUAUUCGGGUAUUGAGAGUCGCCUCAAGGCGGAGGGCUUCAAGACGCGCGUUUGCAAAGUCAUACGCACUUGGGAGGAGUGGGUUAUUUAUCCCAAAGAGUUUUUAGCUGCACUUAGAACCACCUUCUUGGGCAGACAGUCUGCUCAACAACCAAGUCCGCCAGCUCAGGAGGAUGAAUCACGCUCAGAGGAAGCUUUAGAGGAAGAUAUAGAUGGCGCACCGCUAUCCGGCGAAGAAAAAGAUGACGAGGACUUGGAUGGCGUGCCGCUUGAUGGCGCGGCUUUGCUUAAAAGCGCAUUGAAGCUGAUCCUGCCAGAAGCCACACCGCAACGGGGUACACCCAAGCGUGAGCAGUAUAAUGAUGAAAUUGAUGGCAUGCCCUUGGAUGAAGAUUUGGAUGGCGUGCCGCUGGAGCCAACACGCAACCAACCAGGCAGCAAAUCACAAUCCAAACUGCCUGGUUUUAUACCCUCCAAGUGGGAAACGGUCGAUCCACAGCAAGUGGAGGCACAGGCCAUUACUACAAGCAAGUGGGAUACGCUGGAUCCACCAGAUCCGCCCAAGUUCUUUAGCUCUGAUGAGGAGAGUGAAAGCGGUAAUCCAAAAAAGUCUGAUGACGAGAAGCGACAAAAGCUGCGUGAGGUAGAGCUCAAGGUGGUGCAGUACCAAGAUGAACUGGAGUCGGGCAAGCGCCGCUUGGAUUCCGGCUGGACAUUGUCUGAGCAGGUGGAGCAGUACCGCAAGCGAUUGUUGCGUCGGAGCACGCCUGAAGAAACUGUGGACUCGCCGCUUAGCUACAUGAACACCAAAUCGCGCAGCUUGCAACGCAGUCCAGGCACACCAGACAGCAGACAUGGCUCUCAACACGCGUACAGCAGCAGCAGCUCCAGCCGCAAACGCUCUCACUCACCCGAAAGCAGCCGCAGUAGUGCCGCCAAGCGUAGUGUGCGCCCAGCACGCAGAUCACCUUCUCCCUCUUCAAACUACAGCUCGCGCAGCUCACGACGUGGCAGCGCUUCACCUGGGCGACAGCGACAGGACAAGCAGAAGUACAAGCACCGUCAUUAAACUCUAAUGCACUAUACAUUUUAUUGAUUUAUUGAUUCAAUAUAAAAAUGACAAAUAAAUAAUAAAUCGCUUGGGAAUGGCGAAGA